UCUAUUGUCAUAUGAAAGUCAAAUUCUAUCCAAUGCAAGAUCUAUGAAUCAAAUUCCUUCUUGCAGAGCCGAGAAAAAGUAACACAGUCGAGGUCUGGUUAUAGAUCUCUAUUCUCUAAUAAAACUGAUAUACAGCAAUAAAAAGUAGGAAGAGUAGUCAGCACUGGUGAGUUUCGUUUCUCGUCGUUAAAAACACUUUGGAGCAUCUUGAAGAGAAAUGGACCAAGCGAACUGGGUUAUUGAAUUUAACGGAAAACUCGACAGCAUGGCUAACGCUGAGACAGAGAAGGAGCACUGGAUGAAGCGAUCAAUCUACAGAAUACCUGCCUGCAUCACAGACCUAAACAAGAAAGCUUACAUGCCUCAGGUAGUCUCCUUGGGCCCUUACCAUCAUGGUGAAGUUCAUCUUAUCCCCAUGGAGGAGCACAAGCAACGAGCGCUCCUCCAUUUUCUGAGGAGAUCAAGAAAACCUUUGGAGAUGUUUGUCCACUCUUUAGCUGAGGAGGUGGAAAAAUUGAAAGAAUCCUAUGAUCUACUUGAUCCAAAAUGGCAAGAUGACGAUAAAUUUUUGCAACUGAUGAUUCUUGAUGGCUGUUUCAUGCUGGAAAUUUUACGCUCUGCUACUCAUACACUGGAAGAUUAUGCUCAAAAUGACCCAAUCUUCAGCAAUCAUGGGAAGCUACACAUUAUGCCAUUUAUCAAGCGAGAUAUGUUAAUGCUCGAAAAUCAAUUGCCAAUGCAAGUUCUAGAAAAAUUAGUUGCCGUUGAUAGCAAUAGAACUAAGGAUGAAGAGUUUGUCAACAAACUUAUACUCAAGUUUUGCUCUCCCAAUACGCCCGUCUCAUGCCUGGGAAGUUGCUUGCACGUCUUGGAUGUGUACAGAAAAAGUCUUCUUCAGGAUGUACCUGGACGUCCACGAAGAAAACGUCACCGUAAACCACGUAGCACACACCGUGAAGAUGGUGAUGACAUCAUUAGAUCUGCAAUGGAGCUUAAUGAAGCAGGAAUCCGUUUCAAGAAAAGUAAAACUGUCAGCCUCAAGGAUAUUACAUUUCAUGGCGGAAUCCUUAAGCUUCCCGUUAUCAUAGUAGAUGAUGCCACAGAGUCUAUGUUUUUAAAUGUUAUAGCAUUUGAACGUUUGCAUGUUGGGGCAGGCAACGAGGUGACAUCCUAUAUCUUUUUCAUGGAUAACAUCAUCGACAGUCAGAAGGAUGUUGCCCUCUUACACUCGACAGGGAUCAUUCAGAACGCCCUUGGAAGUGACAAAGCAGUGGCUAACCUGUUCAACUCGCUGUCAAAAGAUAUUACGCUCGACCCAGAUAGCAGCCUAGACGAGGUGCACAAGAAAGUGAACAGGUACUGCAAGAAAGCCUGGAAUGAAUGGCGGGCCAAUCUCAUUCACACCUACUUCAGAAAUCCAUGGGCUAUACUUUCCCUGAUUGGUGCCGUCUUUCUUUUCGCCCUCACAAUAAUACAAACUAUAUAUUCUGUGUAUCCUUACUACCACGACUCUUCUCCCCCAAGUUGUACAACAUGCCCACCACCUAUUGCUCCUCCACUGCCCAGACCACCUAUAGCUCCACCACUGCCCAGUCCAAAACAAAAGGUGCCUCUAAAAUCCAAUCAAACUCACCAUUGAUUCCCAUCCUGUUCAUAGUAUAUGUCUCUACGGAGGACCCCAGCAUUGGGCUUCUGAAUUGGCUUUGAUUACUGGUUUUUACAAGAUUUUCGAUGAUAAACUUUCCAUUUAAAUUUGAUUUACAAUAAGGUUGUAGCUGGACACAUGCAGUAAGAGUUCAAUUCAAUUUCUAUUUGACUUCCUUA